ACUUUUUGAGUUUCCGAACCAUCGGCGUGUAAACAGAAAACUGAACGAAGAAUUUGACAUUUCUCGCAGCGAACGAGUUUUUGGUUCGGCUUCCCAAACAAAAGGAAAACGCGAACCGAAAGCAGCACAGUCAUCCAUUUUCAAAGUUUCCCGGCACAGAAAGGCACCCAAUUUGCCCACAAUGGAGAUCGACGAGGAAGAGUUCGAGCAGCCAACCUCCAGCAGCAGCCGGGGCGAGCGGAAACGAUUCGAAGUGAAAAAGUGGAACGCUGUGGCUUUGUGGGCUUGGGACAUUGUGGUGGACAACUGCGCCAUCUGUCGUAAUCACAUCAUGGAUCUGUGCAUCGAAUGCCAGGCAAAUCAGGCUUCGGCUACCAGCGAGGAAUGUACGGUCGCCUGGGGUGUUUGUAACCACGCAUUCCAUUUCCACUGCAUUUCCCGAUGGUUGAAGACACGUCAGGUGUGCCCACUGGACAACAGGGAAUGGGAAUUCCAGAAGUACGGACACUGAACGAUCUAUUGGCUAAAGCGUUUUUCUCUUCUUUUUUUCUGAAUAAUAAAACCUUAAAUUGAUCUGGAUGGCUGCGUAAUGAUCUGGAUCAACUACUUCUUAUUUUUGCUGUCAUCGUACCCUGUAUUACAAAAAGAAAAUUGGUCCGAACCUAGGUGACGUUCUAAGAAAAUAAUAAACAAAAUUCACAACAUUUGAUAA